AUGCCACGAGAACAGGCAGCCACGGUCUCACCCGAAGCGCUUCGUCGCACCUCGGAGGGCCUUGAAUCGCAAACGACCUUUCAGCGCCGGCCACAGCUUGUCAGGGUCCCCCACGACGAGAUCCUCCGUCUGUUGCAAGAUAUGGACCGCCAGCGCGCUGAAGACCGAGCUCGCCGCCGUGAAGCCCAAUCCCAAUAUACCCCCCACGAUGAGAUCAUCCGUGUGUUGCAUGAUAUGGACUGCCAGCGCGCUGAAGACCGAACCCGCCGCCGUGAAGCCCAACCCCAAUAUACUGCACACACGCAGCCGCCAGCCACUCCAUCACCGAAGCCGGCGAAGCGACCUAGAGAAGGGCCCCGGCCUACGCGAGAAACCGUUCAACUUCAACGAGACUCUGUCGAAUCCAUACUGCAUCACUACAACGCCACUUUCCGCGUCAAGGAGCAGGCAUCAUCGACAAGAUUCUGGUGCAACGAAGUUCCAGUUGCCCUCCAGGUAGACGCUGCUAAAUCUUUCUACCAAGCGUUUACCGAGGAACGGACGUUGCCGGUUUCCCACUGCGUCUUCUGCUAUAGGAAGACACCGCCUUGCGAACUCGCCACCAUGCAGUGGAGGGAUCGCUUGUCGCCCUCCAUGCGGCGGGCGACCAGGACUAUCCAAGAGUGUGGCGCGUGCCUUCCGUCACACGAGGGCGCCAGAGUUGACGUGUGCCGCGAGUGUCGCGUCAGCUUCGACAGUGGACGGCUGCCCAAGGCCUGCUCUGUCAACAACAUGGCUAUCGGUUGUGAGCAUCGGUACCCCGAUGAGCUUGAUGACCUAUCUCCCGUCGAAGAGAGACUCAUUGCCCUACAUGCGCCUUUUGGCUAUAUCACCAAGUUCGCAGUCGACAACAAGACCCGUUCGGGAAUCAGCUACCGCAAGCACGUGAAAGGACAUAUCGUCGUCUUUCCGAACAAGGUGGACGAUCUUGUGGCCACGGUUCUUCCUCAUCCCCUACUGCAGGCCAUUGAGAACAUCCACGUCUCUUGGAGCGGUUCGGCUAAGCCUGGCUCCGCAGACGUCAGACACCUGCUUCAGGUGCGCAAAUCUCGUGUGGCAGCUGCCCUGGCAUGGCUGCAGAGGAGCAACCCGCUUUACGAGGAUGUCGCAAUCAACCAAGCAGAGAUAGAUGGCUGGCAGUAUGCCGAUGGGUCCAGUGUUCCGACCGUCAUCAUGGACCGCAUGCAAAGAGAGGAACCGUCGACCAUUGAGAGGACACAAACGGACCACAUAGUGCCGGAUACUGAUCGAGGCUUGGAGGAAAACAGCUUCAGAAGUAUCGAUGAUCUCGUGAACUCGGUCGAUCCUACUUUCGUCGCCGAAUCUUGCGAUUUGGACUGUACUCUUUCGACCGAGCAGACUCAACCCUCUCCUGGUGAGCCGGUGACUCUUGUCCCCGACCCGGCUGCCAUCGGCCAGGAAGUGAACACUGUCUGUGAGACGUCUACGUCCGGCAUGUUUCCUCUCGAUGGUCCGGCUGCCUUCGCCGAGUCCGAUAAACUGUCGUUUCUGGCCGACAUCGUCAACCCCAAUCCGGAUCGACAUGGCAACUCUGUGCCGCUCGAGCAAGCGUAUGCGAACUUGACGGAGGACCGACUGAAGAGAGCCGAGGCGGAGAUGCGGGAGACAAGGACUACGUCGGACCCUGACAUAUCGCUCUUGCUUCGCGAGCUGUCGGUCUUUGGCCAUGCACAGCCGCUCUCCAACGAAUCCCGUUUACUUAUGCGGAGGAAGAUACAAGCUCUAGACAUUCGCGCCGGUAUGCCUGCAAUCUGGAUUACCAUCAGUCCUAACGACAUUAAUAAUCCGGUAAAGAUGAAGCUUGCCAUUCAUAGGCUCCACGAUUAUGAGUCUGCAAAGGAACUUUUGGCCGAUCUCCGUGAAAAAUACGACAGAAUCGCCCUCAGCACCAUGGAUCCGGUCAGCUCGGCCAUCUUCUUCCACCGAGAAAUAUCCUUAUUCUUUAAAAAGUACGUGAACACAGGCCAAGAAUCCAUCUUUGGGAAUAUUAGCCACUACUACGCAACGGUGGAAACGAACGAGCGAGGCAGCCUCCACUUGCAUGGACUCCUCUGGCUGGACGGCAACAUGCGGUUACCGAACCUGAUAGACGACAUGGCCAAUCCCGCGGAAGAAGCAUAUCGUGCCCAGGUAAUCCGAUACGUAGACUCCGUCUUUCAUGAGUCACCGUGGAAGAUCGUCGAGGAGACAGGGUUCACAGAGGACGGCUUGCUUCAGAUCCGGCGCAACCAUCCACUCGUCAACCGGUACAACAAGUCGUUGGCGGUCGGCCUUCGUCAUAAUCACGACGUCUCGAUGAUCUUGACCAAAACCAAGGGCCUGGCCAUGGUGUACUACAUCACGAACUACGCCACCAAACUGGAUACGCCGAUGUGGAAGCGCAUUGCUCUCGCCACCGAGGUCGCCCGCCAACUUCGCGAAGCCGGUCGUCCGACGUCUCGCGCACCAGGUCCCGCCCUGCCCGACGACAGGCAGCAGGCAGUAUUGAACGAAAGCCGUCAGUUCCUGAUGAGAACGGCAAAUCGGAUCUUCUCUGAGCGACAACUCUCGGCUGUGGAGGUCUGUUACCACCUCCUUGGCUAUGACACCGACUUUACCAACGUGCCGCAUUGGUCCUUUCUGAACUUGACGGCCCUCUACUGGACAAUCUUUCGGCUAUGGGCACAUCUCCGCCAUCAGGCCGGCGAGCUGACGGACGCCGAACCCCCCCCCGAGACAAUCCCUCUGAGGCAAGGAGGGCGAACCCUUCUAUGCCUAGAAGCGUACGCCUACCGGAUGCUUGUCGACGUCAGUCCGGUGACUAGCUUCGUGGAGAUGGGGCACACCACCGCGGCCAGCUUUACACUGAACUAUCUACAGACCAUGGCCCUUCAACUCGUUUGCGUGUUUCUGGACAACUAUGCGGCCAAUCCGGACUCAGCGGGCCAGCAUCUUCAAUAUACCGGCGGGCCGGGUGGCACGGGAAAGUCGAGGAUCAUCGAUGCCCUGAAGGACGUGUUCGCGGCGAGAAACCAGCCACAUCUUCUGCAGAUAACCGGCACAUCAGGCAGUUCGGCGGCCCAGAUUGGCGGCACGACAAUCCACUCGGCCUGUGGGUUAGAUUCCCAUCGCGAUCCAAACAAACCGCCUCCCCCCUUCUCGGAGGCGAAGAAAUGGAUAUGGAAACAGAAGCUGGUACUCGUGAUUGACGAGGUCAGUAUGCUGGGAGGAGCCACUCUGCACAACGUCAGUCGUCACCUGCAGGCACUCCGUGACUGUCCGGACGAACCGUUUGGUGGGAUGCCUGUCGUUCUACUGAUGGGAGACUUCUACCAGUUCGCCCCCGUGCGGGAAACAAGCCUCCUGAUCAACAGACCGCCGGACCGAACACAGACCCUGCGACAAGCGACCAUCUCUCACCACAGCGGCUGCAGAUUGUGGCAUAUGUUCAAAACCGUUGUGCUCCUUGAAGACCAAGUCCGGGCCCGCAACGAUCCCCAACUUCGCGCACUCCUGGAUCGAGUCCGUAACGGGCGGCAGACACAGCAAGACCUCGACUUGCUCAAUGCCAAUAUCGUAGGACGCUCCCAAAUCACCUUCCAUGAUGGUUUGCGUGCUAUAACGCCGCUGAACCGCACCCGGUGGGCCCUCAACAUGGAAGCUGUCGUGGGCUGGGCGCGCUUCAACAAGCAGCAUAUCCGUAUCUUUGUCUCGACUCACACCUGGCGCAACGGCACGCUUUCUCCAAACAUCGUGGCGCGAACCAUAGGACAAGGUGACGACUCCGCCUGCAAGGUCCCCGGCGUCUUCUUCUACGCUCAGGGCAUGCCUGUUGUUGUGAACAAGAACAUCUACACUGGCUUGAAAGUUGUGAAUGGGGCAGACUUUACUGCCGUGGACGUAAUACUCGAUCCCAAUCACCCAGGAUACCACUUGGCGGAUGACGUGACCAUCCACUUCGGGCCACCGCUCGGGAUUCUUCUGCAGUCCGAGGAGACGAAAGCCUUGGCGAUACCCUCCCUCCCGGUGGGGACGGGUAAAACGUUCGUGGAGGUACUGUUGGAGCUGCGUGGAAAUCGUGUGACCAAUGGUGAACCCUCCAAGUGCGAUUUUACGAGCCUCUAUGUGCAACUGUCCAGGUGCACCUCGCUUCGGGGCAUCAAGCUUCUUGGUCCCGUGAGACACCAUGAUUUCAUUGGCAAUGGGCUGGAUCAGGCCAUACUUGAUGGAAUGCAGAGACUCAAGAACUUGGCCGCGGAAACGAGACGGUUAUCCGAGGACCAAGGUUUCGAAAAGUAG